CGAGCUAGCGAUACAAGAAGAGGGAGAGAUCAUCACAUCACCGUCAUCUGACUUGGCUCGGAUCUGACUGAUUGUUGUGUGGAAUUAUGUGAGCGAGGAGAAGAAGGACGUACUGGCCGAGCUGGGAGGUGUGGAAUGCAAGGUUCCUCAAAGUGAUACAGAUACUCUCCAUCCGCCUUGUCAGUUUGCUUGGGUUUUUUUUGCUGAGGAAGCCAACUUGAGAGCACGUCAGCGUCCUUUUGAGGCCCUUCGACGCUGCCACUGACCCGCGUACACGACGUCAACAAUAUUUGGAACAAGAAACUUUUUCAAUAAAAACAUGACCGCAGUUAUUGACGUCUGCCUCUGAACGCUGAGAAGUACACCGUUCUUUUAUUCAGCAAUAAGUCAAGCUUCAGCCAUGCGUGCCGUUGACCUUACCAUACUUGGGGCUGUGCUGCUGCUGUGGGGGCCACCGGGCUCCGAGGGACAGAACGACACAGAACCCAUCAUUCUUGAGGGGAAAUGUUUGGUGGUGUGCGACUCCACGCCGUCAUCCGAACCAGCCGGGAACGCCCUGGGCAUGUCGGUGCGCUCGGGCAGCGGCCGGGUCGCCUUCUCCGCCAGCCGCCAGACCAACCACGAGCCUACGGACAUGAGCAACCGCACCAUGAUCAUCUACUUUGAUAACAUCCUGGUGAACGUGGGCACUCAUUUUGAUCAAGAGAGCAGUGUCUUCCUGGCGCCAAGGCGAGGUGUUUACAGCUUCAACUUCCACGUCGUCAAAGCCUACAACAGACAGACUAUUCAGGUCAGCUUGAUGGUAAACGGCUGGCCCAUGAUCUCAGCAUUUGCCGGGGACCAGGACGUGACCAGAGAAGCAGCCACCAACGCCGGGCUGGUGAUUAUGGAGAAGGGUGACAAGGCCUACCUCCGACUGGAGAGGGGGAACCUGAUGGGAGGCUGGAAGUACUCCACCUUUUCCGGGUUUCUGGUCUUCCCCCUGUGAGGAAAAUGGAGGUGAACUCGUCGUGAGGGUGGUUUGACACAAAGAUGACACUUCUGUAGACGGCGCAUGUGAGGUCCCACAAAGCAGAAUAUUCCUCGAGAGAGCGUAUGAUGCUUUGCUUAAACGUGUAACCAUUUCUUGAUUAUGUAUGGCUGAUAUCGGAGUUGUGCAAAUUAUACAGUAACCCAGUGCAUUGUGGGCUUAUUUGCAAGCGAGCCUUUUUUUUCUCCUUCAUGUUUGAAUCAGUGCUGUGCUCCAAAUGAUGUUUAUGCCUGCAUCGGACAUUUCUAUAAAGACCCCAUAUUGAAAUAAAAUAUUUAUAAAACGCACAGGCAUUUGCAUCCUAUGUUAUUCGCUUGUAAACAGAUCACAGAUCAGGCUAAAUGAUAUCACGCCUCCCUCACACGCCUCUCGAGCCAUUGCCACAGCAGCUGUUUGUAAAUAUAGCUCCCACCAGCAGAGUUGGCGUUGGCGUGGACCAAGCGGAGCGGCACGGGGCAGAGAGUACGCAAAUAUACUCCUCGGAGCGCCGCAGACAGAUGGAGCCACCGGCGAGCACCAAGGCUCUUCUCUGCGGGGCUGCCAUGGUUGAAAAGUGGCCUACUGUCACACGGAGUCACUUACGCUUGCUUGGUUUAUCAUCACGGUCUUAUCAUCUCAAGCAUACUCUUAUCAGAGGCCUUUUUAGCACAUGCACAGUAUUUUGAAGCCAGACAGGAACACGCCGCAUCACAUUCAUGCAGUUAAAGUGGCAUUGAUGGUGGACUUACUGUCACUUUCUAUGCAUCUCACCAACCUUUCUUGUGUGUUGCAAGUCAAGUCUAUCAUACUUAAUCAUAAAUAAGUGAAAGCAGCAGGUAGGUAGAUGAUUUUAGAGUCGAAAAUGGAAAAUGUCUUUGCUUAAAAUCCAUAUUUGAAGACCAAUGACCAAAUUCUAAGGACUCUCGUUUUUACUGACUGCAGAAUGCAAACGCAAAUGCUAAAAUUAACAUUAUUUUCACUUUGAUAUACAGUGUUCUCUUGCUCCAUCGCGGUUCACCUUUCGCGGACUCGCUGUUUCGCUGAUUUUUUGGGCACAAUUUUAGUGCUUUUUUUUUUUUUUUUUUUUUACAGAGUAUGACAGGCGAGCCUGGCCCUUUAAGCAGAAUCGCAUCUUGGGAAGUUGAGUGUUGUAGUUCUGUGCUUCAGCAGGAGGCGGCGGUGUCUCUCUAUUCUCUCUCCUCUGUCUGCACCGCCCAUUGUCCUGUGCAUCCUGAUUGGUUGUAGGCCACUGUCAAACAAUCUCCUUCAUGCCGUCUCCUGCUGUGGUCAUGGCUACCAAACUAGCUAACCGUGUGAGCUGCUUGCUAACUGCCAAUACUGUAAACAACAGAAGGAACAGAAGAAGCUAACCGUGUGAGGAAAAUAGGACGACAGGAGCAAUAUGUCUUAACAAGGAUACAUAAAACGCCACAGCCGAACGGCGCCAGGAUGAAGAGGCAACCUAGUAGGUUGAUCAUUAAAAUUCUAACUAAAUUUGAACUUUGAGAGUGUUUAAACAAGAGAGAAAUGUGAGAAAAUGUUAACCCCUGUCUGAGAAAAGUGUAUAAAGUGUAUGGUGAGAGGUUUUGCAGCCUUAAAACAUAUAUAAUCAUUGUAAACAAAUAAAGUUGGCUACUUUGUGGAUUUCACUUAUUGCGGGAUAUUUUGGGAACCUAUCCCCCGCGAUAAACAAGGGAACACUGUAUUAUAGCAUUCCUAUAUCAGUCAAACCACAUGAAUAACACGACUCACGAUACGGUUUGUUUCACAUGCAGUGGAUCCCUGCACAUUCACAAAUUUUGGGGGAAAAAACCCCAACAUUUUAAAAAAUGUCUCUCCAAAAAAUGUAUUUAAAAAUAUGUGAAAAAUCAGCAAAAAUGUAAAAGCAUGCAUGAGCCACGGUUAAAUGCGUAUGUCUUUAUUCUUCACUGAUAAUGUUUUUGCUCAUGCGUUUGUUUGGCAGUCCUUGAACGCACCAUAGUUGCUGUGAGAUGCAAAAGUGAAACUCAUAUACACUGCUGAAAUGAAAAACGAAAUGGGAGUGAGAUAAAAAAAAAAAAAACUUUGGAAGCAAGUUAUUGCAAAGAAGAAUCAAAAUGAAAUAGGCUGUUCAUCAGCUGAUCAAAAGUUGAAGAGCAAAGGCAAAAAAGCUUUCUCUCUUGGGACGCGGUGGGAUUGUCGAGCUGCAUAAGCAAGGCCUCUCACAGCACGGUACUGCUGCUGAGGUUGGACGCAGUAAGACGAUCAUUUCAAACUUCUUCAAACAUCCUGAGGCUCAUGGAACAAAAAAAGUCAAGUGGUACACUAAAAAAUGUGGCCUUACGGUGGAGGAUCCCAUUAGCUGUCCUUCAAGACACGGGACCAUCCUCGGCCCAAAUGAAAGUUGUUACUGGUGCCCAGUGCAGUCCGAUAACCGUUAGAUGACAUUGAAAAAAUUCUUCAAAUGACUUGUCUUCUUCAACGCCACAAAAUUGGCCGUUUGGAAUUUGCAGGAGAGCACCAAACAUGGGACAAACAUGAGACAUUGAAAGGUGGGAGAAAGUUUUAUUCUCCCUUGAUGGCUUCCAACGUUACCUGCAUGACAAGGAGAUCCCACCUGAGAUGUUUUCCAUCGUCAUGAUCCUUCAAUGGAACAAUGGAGCUUCAGGUUGUGCAGGGGCGUCACACGGCAGCCAGCUAUGUGGAGAUGUUGCAGGGGGCAUCCCUCAUGACUGAAGGCCCUUGUCUGUGUGGUAAUGACUGGCUUUCUCAACAGGACAACGCUGCACUUCACAAAGGAAUAAACUCACUCUUUUGGACCAUCCUGCAUGUUCCCCUCAUCUAAAUCCAAUGCAGAACAUGUGGAGAUGGAUUCAUAAGAAUGGACAUCAGUUCCAGACAGCGGAUGCCCUACGUGAAUCCAUUUUCACCACCUGGAGUAACAUUUUAUUUCUAUUUUGUGUGCUUUUAAACUUUUGAUCAGCUGAUGAACAGCCUAUUUCAGUUUAAUGCAAUAAAUUGCUUACUCAAAAUCAUUUUUUGUCACUUAGAACCUCCUUAUGAUCCAACAGUACAAAAUUUACAUUCUAAAAUGAAUUUAAUAAGUGUGGGGGGCAUACUGAAGAGAGAAGGUAGGGUUCAGGAGGGUUGAGGGCACAAAAUUCUGUCCAAUCUUAUCUCUGGUAUCAAUAUCGGUAUCAGCGAUACAAAGGACCCCCGCAUACUUGCAAAUCAGCAUUUGUGACCCAGCAAAUUUGAGGAUUUUUGGUCAAAAAAGCAUUUUUUUUCUUUGACAAUAGGCCUUUUUCUGCUGUAAAAGCCUGUAAAAAUGUAUACUGUAACUACUGUACAUGAUAUUAUAAGUCUUUGUAUUGUAUUGUAUUGUAUGUACUUUAUUUAUCCCACAGCGGGGAAAUUUACUUGUUACAGCAGCAAGCAAGCAAGACAAGUAAAGAGAACAGUAAAGUAAAGUAAAGUAAAGCAUCGUGACUACAACAUGGUUCAGGUGGUGCAGGUGUUGUAGAGCCUGACAGCGGUCGGUAUGAAGGACCUGCGGAACCUCUCCUUCUUACACCGUGGGUGUAACAGUCUGCUGCUGAAGGAGCUGCUAAGGGAACCCACAGUGUCAUGUAGCGGGUGAGAGGUGUUGUCCAUGAUGGAUGUCAGCUUAGCCAACAUCCUUCUCUCCCCCACUUCCUCCACGGAGUCCAAAGGACCGUCCAGGACAGAGCUCGCUCUCCUGAUCAGCCUAUUGAUCCUGCUCCUGUCCCUGUCCGUGCUGCCCCCUCUCCAGCAGCCCACAGCAUAGAAGAUGGCUGAGGCCACCACAGAGUCAUAGAAGGUCCGUAAAAGAGUCCUGCGCACACCAAAGGACCUCAGUCUCCUCAGCAGGUGGAGGCGACUCUGGCCCUUCUUGUAGAGGGCGUUGGUGUUGACGGACCAGUCCAGCUUGUUGUUAAGGUGAACACCCAGGAAUUUGUCAAAUGUACAGCAUACAUGUACCAAUGUUAAAAAAGCCAAAAAUGUUUACGGUUAUGUUUAAGUCUUUGGGCUUCAAAGACAAUGUGUUUUUCUGUCAAACGUUGAGAUUUCGCACUUUGUUGGGCAGUCUUUGAACACACCGCCGUUGCUGUGAGACGCAAAAGUGAAACUUUGGCAUAUUGAAGGCUGAAAGGGAGGGUUCUGA